AUGAACUCUGAAGCUGACUACCAGAAGAUGACAAUUGCGCAUUUAAAAGAUGAAUUGACGAAACGUGGAAUUACUCCGGAUCCAAAGGCAAAAAAGAAUGAGCUCAUCAAGCUGCUGCAAAAGGCUGAAGAAGAUGCGAUUCUCAACCAUAGUGAAGACGGCGGCUAUGGUGAUCCUCUAUCUACUCCAGACGAAGAUGCGAUUCUCAACCAUAGUGAAGACGGCGGCUAUGGUGAUCCUCUAUCUACUCCAGACGAGGACCUACUAAACGAUGAUGUGCUCAACGAUGUACUACCUGAGAAAUUAAUCGACGAAGUAUCUGAACCUGCCAAGGAAACAGAGGAACCAAAGCCUGCAACAUCUUCUCCUGAUAAAAAAGAAAAGCCCAAACCCGCGGCUAUAACACCACCUCACGAUCCACUCGCUCUUGAUGCGAAACUUAAACGUGCCCAACGUUUCGGUUUACCAGUUGCAGUGACCGAUCCGCUUGCAAAGGCGAAAAGAGCUGAACGAUUUGGACUUGCUACUGUAAGUUCCGAAAAGGAAAUGAAAGCCAAAAGAGCUGAAAGAUUUGGAUUGACCGGGCAAACAUCGCCGGGAGCUAGAAUCUCCUCUAUAGCUGAUGAAGAAACGAAGAAAAAACUUUUGAUAAGAGCACAAAGAUUCGGUUUGCCAGUGAACGACCAAGGAAAAACAGUUGCGCCCAAGGACCCAGUCAAAGUUCAAACUAAGCCGGUUGCAGUAAAAACUGGUGCAGCUCUCGAUGAUGAGAUAGAGCAGAAGAAGCGGGCUCGCUUGGAGAGAUUUGGAUUGAAGUGA